AUGCCGAUUCGCCGCUCUGCGCUGACCGCCGUGGAGGUGGUCCUCGCACGCGAGGCGUGCGAGCCGGUCUUAUUGAGCGUGACGCACCGCCUGCUGCGUGGCGGUUUUGCCGAAUACGUCAAGUUGAGGCAGGCGUACGCGAAGGAGUGCGAGCGUGCUGUGGCGUCGGCCAAGUCGACGGCGGCUGCGUUGCCCUCGACUGGGGCUUUUCAAGCGCCGCCGCCGCAGACGAUGCGAGCUGCUCCGGCAUCUGCUGCAGCGGCGCACGCAGCCGAGUUCUCCUCCUCUUCCUCCGUGCCAACACCACAGAUUUCGCGCUGCCGAAUCAACCCUGAGGGGCUGAAGCUGGUCUUCGCACAGUCUGGCGUCCUCCUCACCGUGGAUAACUACGCAGCAAUACUCCUUGCCUAUAGUGACCCGGUGGGCUUUGUGCUGGCCGACGAUCUUCUGGAGACGCUGCAUCCGUGCCGGCAAGCCCCGCCGACUCUGGCGCAAUCCGUCUCUGAGGUGGUUUCGUCGACCUUUUUUUCCACGCUGCCGCUGCCGUGCGUGGCGGUGACGGUGGACAGUGCGCGAGAUGCACUCUCCGCUAUCUUCGCUGCCGAGCUCGCUCGCGAGGAGGAGAGCGCUGUGGAUGCGCCAACGGCUGCAGACCAGUUGGCUGCGCUGGUCGUAGCCCAAGCUGAUGUCCAGGCAACCUUCACACCGACUGUCUACGCUGAAGGGGCAGCGGUGCCGUGCGACGACGUGACGACGUUCAUCGUACUCACCCUCCAGCAGCACCCAUGCCUGGCAGCGAUGAUGCCUGCGCGGUGCAACUCUGUGGCUGCUUCCCUGCAGCUGGUGCCGGCACCACCUCCACUCGGCCAGGGCGCGGCCUCUCCUCUAGCAACCUCGAUAGCCUCCGGCACUAACGGCGCCGCGCUCUUCAGCAUCCGCCACACGGGCUCGACGACGCAGCGGAAGUUUGAGCGGUACGAGGAGGACAAGGAUCGCCGUGACGAGUGGAUACGUGGCCGCGAAGAGGCGGACGCACGGCCGAUGUACAUGCGCCAUGCUGCUGGCUACGGUGGCCACUUGCCGGAGUACCAGUACCACUUUGGGCGCACCUUCCACGUCAUCGAGGAGGAUCUGCCGCAGCUGACGAAGCCAAAGCCGCCACUGGAGCCAGUGCCGGCCGAUUGGUACGGGCCUGGGGUGGAACUCAAGGAUAGCCGCAUGAAUGCGCAUCACUACCGGCUGGCGUAG